AUGUACAAGAAAAAAGUAACAUUUACCUCAAAUGAAUCAUAAGAUGGGCCUAAAACUAAAUAAGUACUAAUACCUAAGGGUAAUUACUAGCGAAUUAUUGAGUCCAAAUCAGCCUCCUUAACUACCUCACAACAGUCAAAUCCCUCAGUCAUUCAAUCAGCUAAUUUGAGGUCAAUAGGUUCGCCAGAUGAAGGCAAGAAAAUGAAUUUGUCAUAUUCUUUGAGCGAUAUUGAUGAAAACGAGAUGAGAGAUGAGUUUAAUGAUGGAGUGGACAGUGACCUUGAAAAUAAAACCUCCUUCAAUAAUUUUCAUCAGAUGGACAGUGGCUAGAAAUUAUAUGCUCUAGCUCAGCGAACAUAGGAGCUAAAGAAGAAGGCAAGUGAUUUUGACUCAAAAAUGAGAAAGUUAAACGAUCAAUUUCAUUUUAUGGAUAAAUAUUGA